AUGCUCAGUCCUGACCGGCCCGAGCCCGAGCUGCACUGGGGACAAACAGACACAGAGACCCCGUUGGACGAUGUUCAGUGUGGCUCCAUGUCAGCCGAGCCCGUGCACGUGCCCGCCCUCAGCAGGGAGGAGAAGAGGCGGAGGAGGCGCGCGACGGCUAAAUAUCGAUCCGCGCACGCCACCAGGGAGCGGAUCCGUGUAGUGGCCUUCAACUUGGCCUUCGCAGAGUUGAGAAAACUGCUCCCAACGAUCCCACCAGACAAAAAGUUGUCCAAGAUUGAGAUCCUGCGACUCGCGAUUUGUUACAUCUCCUACCUCAACCACGUGCUGGAUGUUUAG